AUGCCGUCGACCAAGCGCCAGAAGUUGUCACACGGCAGUGCCGGACCCCCCCGCGACAAGGCCAAGCCGACAACCCAGAGGCCUGUCCAGAAGCCCGCCCAGAAGGCCCGCAAGCCUCGGGCCGUCGAGGAGGAGGAGGAGGAGGAAGACGAUGACGACGACGCCGGCGACAGCAGCGAUGCCGCGCCUGUCGCCGGGAACUCCCAGCCCGCAGAUGGGGCUAGCGACGAGGACAGCGACGAGGCCGAGCAGGAGGACGGCGAAGAGGCCGACGAUCAGGAAGAGCCUGCUGCCGAAGACGACGCCCCCAAGACGUUCAAGGAGCUGGGCAUCGUUGAUUCUCUCUGCGAGGCCUGCGAGUCCCUGGGCUACAAACAGCCGACCCCCAUCCAAGCAAAGUCCAUCCCGCUAGCCCUCCAGAACCGCGACCUCAUCGGACUCGCAGAGACUGGAAGCGGCAAGACGGCCGCCUUUGCACUGCCCAUCCUGCAGGCCCUCCUGGACAAGCCCCAGCCCCUGUUCGGGCUCGUCCUGGCGCCCACCCGAGAGCUGGCCCACCAGAUUGGCCAGCAGUUCGAGGCCCUCGGCAGUCUCAUCAACGUGCGCGUCGCCGUCAUCGUCGGUGGCCUGGACAUGGUCCCUCAGUCCAUUGCCCUGGGCAAGAAGCCCCACAUCAUCGUCGCCACCCCCGGCCGCCUUCUCGACCAUCUGGAGAAGACAAAGGGCUUCUCGCUGCGCUCCCUGAAGUACGUCGUCAUGGACGAGGCCGAUAGGCUGCUGGACAUGGACUUCGGCCCCAUCCUGGAGAAGAUCCUCAAGUUCCUGCCCAGGGAGCGUAGGACUUUCCUCUUCAGUGCCACCAUGUCCUCCAAGGUCGAAAGCUUGCAGAGAGCAAGUCUGCGCGAUCCCCUGAGGGUCAGCAUCUCCACCAACAAAUACCAGACCGUGGCAACCCUCCUGCAGAACUACGUCUUCAUCCCCGUGCACGAGAAGGACACGUACCUGAUCUACCUCUGCAACGAGUUCGCCGGCCAGAGCGCCAUCAUCUUUGCGCGAACCAUCUUCGAGACCCAGCGCGUCUCCAUCCUGCUGCGGACCCUCGGCUUCGGCGCAAUCCCUCUUCACGGCCAGCUCUCGCAGUCCGCCCGUCUCGGUGCCUUGAACAAGUUCAAGGCCGGUUCAAGACAGAUCCUGGUCGCCACCGACGUGGCUGCCAGAGGUCUAGAUAUCCCCAAGGUGGACGUUGUCAUCAACUACGAUCUCCCACAGGACUCGAAGACGUACGUGCACAGAGUAGGCCGUACGGCACGAGCCGGCAAGAGUGGGCAUGCCAUUUCGAUAGUGAGUCAGUACGACCUCGAGAUCUAUUUGCGGAUCGAGGCGGCUUUGGGCAAGAAGAACAAGGAGUAUCCUAUCGAUAAGGGCGAGGUCAUGGUCUUCAAGCCUCGUGUCGAGGAGGCACAACGUCACGCCAGAAUGGAGAUGAAAAACCUGCUGGACGACCGUGGCAAUAAGGGUAGCAUUUUGAAGGGCAAGAGGGGCAAGACUUCGCACAAGAGGAGACACGACAAUAUGGAUGCCGAAGAGGGCUAG